UAUUCAAGUUCAAAGGUGUAAAAGUCAACCCUCCAUGAAUUCAAACCAUAUAAGUUUUCAGUAACUCAAACAAGCUCCGAGAUCUUGAUCAAUGGAGGACAGAAAUGCUAACAUAAUCUCUGUUGCAUCUAUAAUCAUUCUCAUUAUCGUCAUCAUAAUCUCCCGUAUUCUUCUCGCUCUCACCGAGCCGUUUUUCUUGAUCCUCGGAGCCUCUAUCGCUGCAAUCCUCGCCAUCAUCGUUUUCUACUUCACCAGGCGCCGUUUCAACAGCAGAAAGCGGAAAAUGGAGACUAUAAUUGCUUCCGAAGGAGCAGAGCUUCGAAUCGAGUAUAGUUUUCUCCGGAAAGUCGCCGGACUUCCGACGAAAUUCCGGUUUAAAGAGCUUGAAGAAGCCACCGAUAACUGGAAGUUGUUGAUUGGAGCAGGAGCAUCGGGAUCCGUUUUUAGAGGAAAAUUGAAGGACGGUACGGCGGUUGCGGUGAAGAGGAUUCAGCACGGAGAGGAGAGAGGUGGAAAGGAAUUCAGAUCUGAAAUUGCCGCCAUUGCUAGCGUACAACACGUUAACCUUGUACGCCUCUUUGGAUACUGCAGUCAUAGUAAUAAUACUCAUUUUCUCGUUUACGAUUUCAUUCCAAAUGGAUGCUUAUCGAAUUGGAUCUUCAACCGCCCUUCCUCCGCCGUGAAUGCUAACUGUACUGGCGGAUGCUUGUCGUGGCAACAGCGAUCGAGAGUAGCAAUCGACGUGGCGAAAGCCCUUGCUUACCUACACCACGAUUGCCGGUCAAAAGUUCUCCAUCUCGACGUCAAGCCGGAAAACAUCCUUCUCAACGAAAAUUACCACGCAAUCGUCUCCGAUUUCGGAAUAUCGAAGCUCAUGAAACCAGACGAUAGCAGAAUUGUAACAUCACUUAGAGGUACAAAAGGCUACAUUGCUCCAGAAUGGUUACUUGGCCUAGGAAUCUCGGAGAAAUCCGACGUGUUCAGCUACGGCAUAGUGUUGUUAGAGAUCAUCGGCGGUAGGAGAAGCGUGAAAGCCAUCGAUGUAAACGACGGUGACCAAUCAAGGAAAAAAUUCGAGUAUUUUCCGAAGAUCGUGAAGGAGAAGUUGCGAUCAGGGAGAAUCAUGGAUGUGGUGGAUCCACGGCUGUUGAAUCUCGGUGGAAUCGAUGAGAAUGAAGUAACGAAAAUGGUGCACGUAGCAUUAUGGUGCAUACAACACAAGUCGAGACGGCGGCCGAGUAUGGUGGAUGUGGUGAAGUGGUUGGAAGGGCGGGUGGCGGUGGUGGAACCACCGGAAACUUCGAUGAUGGUGGUUGAUCUGUUGUCGAUUGAGAAUGAAGGUCACGGCGCCGGUGACAAUGGAGGAUGGCAGAAUCGUAAUAAAAGAAGAAAGCUAGGGGUUGUUGCUAGAGUAGCUUCUCAAAUUAAUGGCUGCUUGGUACCCAAUUCAACGUCGACGGCCAGGUCAAACUCCUUCACGUACUCCAUGUCCAUAAUUUCUCCAAGAUAAAUAUAUUUUUAUACGGACAAUGAAAGCACACGUAUACACAAAUAUAAUUUAAUUUUAAAAUCAUACCCUCUUUUCACACUGUUUUAAAAGGUUCGUCAUGGCAGCCACCGUGGCUUCGGGGUUUUCUUUGACAUAGCAUUAAGCCCGUGGCAUGUCACGACGUGAUGUAUGGUUUUUAUAAGACGUUAUUUGAUUGUGUCUUACUUUUAAGUUCCUUGCUUUUGUAGUUUUUAGUAUAUAAUCAAUUUGA